GAAAGCAGCAGGGAACGGAUUUCUGGCUGCGCUGCUUUUAGAAAGACGGAUGCCGAAGUUGCGCUUCUGCGCGGCGGCGGGCGAUUGAGACAUCCUCAUUAGUGGCUGGGAGAAGGGAGAUACAUCUGGCCCUGGCAGGUCUGUGUGCGUCUGGAGAGAGAGAGAGAGAGAGAGAGUUUUGCAGAGAGGGGAAGGCGUGACCAGCAUGGAGAAUGCCAAAGGACCUCAGAGAGAGAGAGGCAUUCUCUCCCUCGCUCUGUCUUUCACACACAAAUCUCUGAGCAAAGAUAAGCCCGGCAGCUGAAGGCUUGGGGACAGCGCGCAAAAACACGGCGUCAACAAACCAAACCGCCUCUCCAAAAGGGAUCUAAAGUAAUCAGGGCCAGCGGAGCUCGCAGAAAAAAAUGAGGUACUUCCUGGUCUGGUCCCUUUGUGCCUUCCACCUCGUCAAAGCAGACACCAUUGAACUGACCGACAUGUUUGGGGAGAUCCAGUCCCCAAAUUAUCCAGACUCCUACCCCAGCGAUUCGGAAGUGACUUGGAACAUAUCGGUGCCAGACGGCUUUCGGGUCAAGCUCUAUUUCAUGCAUUUCGAUCUGGAAUCGUCCUACCUUUGCGAAUACGACUUUGUGAAGGUGGAGUCUGAGGACCAAGUCCUGGCAAAUUUCUGCGGGAGGGAAGCCACGGACACAGAGCACCCGGGGCAGCAAGCCAUUGUCUCCCCAGGUUCUUUCAUGAGCCUCACGUUCCGAUCGGACUUCUCCAACGAGGAACGUUUCACAGGGUUUGACGCCCAUUACACAGCCGUGGAUAUCGAUGAGUGUCUGGAGAAGAGCGAUGAAGAGCUGGCCUGUGACCACCACUGCCACAACUAUAUCGGCCGGUACUACUGCUCCUGCCGGUUUGGCUACAUCCUCCACAACGACAACAGGACUUGCAAAGUGGAGUGCAGCGACAACCUCUUCACCCAGAGAAGUGGAGUGAUCAACAGCCCAGACUUCCCCAAUUCCUACCCCAAGAGCUCCGAUUGCUUGUACCGCAUUGAACUGGAAGAGGGCUUCUUCAUUACGCUGGAGUUCAACGACAACUUUGACAUUGAAGACCAUCCAGAGGUCACCUGCCCAUAUGACUACAUCAAGAUCAAAGCCGGACAUCAGGAGUUUGGGCUUUGUGGAGAGAAAUCGCCAGGACGCAUCGAAACCAAGAGCAACAGCAUCCAAAUCCUGUUCCACAGUGACAACUCUGGAGAGAAUGGAGGGUGGAAGCUGUCCUACACAGCAAUAGGGGACCCCUGCCCACUCGUGGAGCCUCCUCCCCACGGCAAGAUCGAGCCCUCCCAGGCCACGUACACCUUCAAGGACCAGGUGGUCAUCAGCUGCAACACCGGAUACAACAUCCUAAAGGAUGGCGUGGAGAGCGAGACGUUCCAGAUCGAGUGCAUGAAGGAUGGCUUGUGGAGCAACAAAGUCCCCAUCUGCAAAGUUACAGACUGCAAGGCGCCACGAGAUCUGGACCACGGCUUUGUCACCUUCUCCACCCGACACAACCUGACCACGUACCAGUCGUCGAUCCAGUAUUCCUGCCAACAUCCGUACUACGAGAUGGUCCCCAACGUCACAGGUACCUACACCUGUGAUGCCAGAGGGCUGUGGAGAAGCGCAGAGCUGGGAACGCACCUGCCGUCUUGUCAACCAGUUUGUGGGCAGCCGACGCGGUCGCUGCCCACCCUAAUCAAGCGCAUCAUUGGCGGGCGAAACGCAGAGCCCGGUUUUUUCCCUUGGCAAGCCCUGAUCGUGGUGGAGGACACGUCCCGAGUGCCUAAUGACAGGUGGUUUGGCAGCGGGGCCCUGCUCUCGGAGUCGUGGGUGCUGACCGCCGCUCACGUCCUCCGCUCCCAGCGCCGCGACAACACCAUCAUCCCCGUCUCCAAAGAGCACGUCACCAUCUACCUGGGCCUUCACGACGUGAGGAACAAGGUGGACGCCGUCAACCGGACGGUGGAGAAGAUCAUCCUCCACGAGGCCUUUGACAUCCGGAACUACAACCACGACAUUGCCUUGGUGAAGCUGAAGGAGAAGGUGACGCUAGGACCCCACGUCAUGCCCAUCUGCCUCCCGCAGUACGAACACGAGUUAGAAGGACCUCAACCCAACACCUUGGGCCUGGUGGCCGGCUGGGGCAUCUCCAACCCCAACAUCACCGUGGAUGAGGUCAUCAGCUCCGGCAUGAGGACCCUCUCUGACGUUCUCCAGUAUGUCAAACUGCCGGUGGUUCUGCAUGCCGAGUGCAAGAUGAGCUACGAAUCUCGGUCGGGGAACUACAGCGUCACCGAAAACAUGUUCUGUGCCGGCUAUUACGAAGGCGGGAAGGACACUUGCCUUGGAGACAGCGGAGGAGCCUUCGUCAUCCAAGACCUUGAGAGCCGGAGGUGGGUGGCCCAAGGACUGGUCUCGUGGGGAGGCCCCGAAGAAUGCGGGAGCAAGCAAGUCUACGGGGUCUACACCAAGGUCUCCAACUAUGUGGACUGGCUGCAGGAGAAGACCGGGUGGACAUUCAGGGGGGUCGAGAGGAACAGAUGAACCUUUUGAGAGCCUUUAUGGGCCGCCAGUUGUUGUUUCCCCCCCACACACACACAGAGAGAGAGAGAGAGAGAGAGAAUAAGUGUGUACAAUUGUUAUUAAUUGGAAGGAAGGAGAGACCAUUCCUCUAAGCAGCGCUCCUGUCAAACAAAUAUCACAUUUUCCAAGAGAAGGAACUCAACAUGUCCAAAGGGGAACCAAUUCCAGAUCACUGUUUGAUUCAAAAAAAAAAAAAA